UCGCGCAGCCGCGGUGGUAAAUAACGCCAAAGUUGUUGGUUUGUGGCAGCUCUGGUAACAUUCUCCCAGGAACAUGAGGACGAUAUUAGCUUUUUUCACGGUAACAGUGACCCUGUUUUGUGCUGACGUACUCCACAGCCUGCCAUACUCUCAUUUUCAGUCAAGAAAACAUAAUGGUGUCAAGGCAGAUCCCCAGUUCACAGAGAAGUACUUCAGUCAGACUGUGGACCACUUCAACUUUAACAGCAUGGGGAAUGGAUCAUUCAAUCAGCGAUACCUGAUCACAGACAAGUACUGGAAGAAAGGCUAUGGUCCCAUCUUCUUCUACACUGGUAAUGAGGGAGACAUCUGGGAGUUUGCUCUGAACUCUGGCUUCAUCACGGAGUUAGCUGCACAGCAGGGAGCUCUGGUCAUAUUUGCUGAACACAGGUAUUAUGGCACAUCUCUGCCAUUUGGCAACGAUUCCUUCAACAUUCCUCAGAUCGGCCUGCUGACAGUGGAGCAGGCACUCGCAGACUAUGCUAUCAUGAUCACUGAGCUGAAACUGCAGCUGGGAGCCACAGACUCUCCUGUCAUUGUGUUUGGUGGCAGUUACGGUGGAAUGCUGUCCGUUUAUAUGAGACUCAAGUAUCCAAACAUUGUGGCAGGAGCUCUGGCAGCGAGCGCCCCCAUCCUGUCUACUGCUGGACUGGGAGACUCCAGGCAGUUUUUCCGAGAUGUGACAGCUGAUUUUGCAAAUGUUGCCUCAGAAUGCAGAGAUGCUGUGAGACAAGCUUUCCAUCAGCUAAAGGACUUAGCUGAACAACAAGAUUACAGUCGCAUCCAGUCAGAAUUUGCUCUUUGUAAGCCUCCAUCAUCUGCUCAGGACAUCCACCAGCUGAAUGGCCUGUUGAGGAAUGGCUUCACUCUGAUGGCCAUGUUGGACUACCCCUACAGCACUCACUUCAUGGGCAACAUGCCCGCCAACCCUGUCCAGGUGGCCUGUAAAACCAUGCUGGGGGGGUCCAACCUGUUGGCUAACCUCAGGGACACUGCAGGGAUUGUGUACAACUCUACAGGGCUGCUGACUUGUUUUGACCUGUACAGCCUGUAUGUGGAGUGUGCUGAUCCCACUGGAUGUGGACUGGGUUUCAACAGCCAGGCCUGGGACUAUCAGGCAUGUACAGAGAUUGAGCUGUGCUAUGAAAGCAACAAUGUGACAGACAUGUUUCCUCCCAUGCCCUUCACUGAGAGAGAGCGGGAAGUUUACUGCUCCAAGCGCUGGGCUGUAGUUCCACGACCAGGCUGGCUCAAAAUCCAGUUUUGGGCUGAUGCUCUCUCCACAGCCAGCAACAUUAUUUUCUCCAAUGGAGACCUGGACCCGUGGGCCAAUGGAGGGGUGCGCAAGGCUUUGAGCUCAUCAUUGGUGGCGAUCAACAUUUCUGAAGGGGCCCAUCAUCUGGACCUGAGGGCAUCUAAUGAGGCUGAUCCAGUGUCAGUAAUCAAAGCCAGGAAGAGAGAGGCUGAGCUCAUCACGCAGUGGGUGGAGAUGGAGAGGAGAAGAUCACAAAAGUUCUCUUAAAUUACAGGACUGGAUUAUGUAAAACAGGUGACAUAAUCCCAGUACUAUAAAUAGUAAUUAUUAUGAAAAAUUUCAUCAUUCAUUUUCAUAAUCAUUUAAUUGAAAAUAUCUUUCAUUUUAUUGCAAAUGUUUUAUUUGAAAGUAUUAAUUUUAAAAAAUCAGAUUUAUGUGAUUAUAGCCUUUUAUCUCAUUAAAAAAAACAUUUCAUAAUGUCUGUUUUUAUGACACCUCGUUGUCAUAAAAACAGACAUGAAAUUUUGGGUUUUUUUUUUUUAUCACAGCUUCAACUUACUGAGUCACUCAAAGGCUUUUAUGUUGUUGCUCAGCCUAACAGACGCUAACUGGCUAAACCUGUUAGCGCUUUUUGAAUUAUUAGUUUAGUGGGCAGGGACAGUCUUUAGCCAAUCACAUGAGCCCACCUAGCAGUCAAUUCAAGCCCUUUUCAGAUAUGAAACACGCAAUAUUGCUGCUUCAUCAGUCUGUUAAAAUAAUGGACUUCUGUCAUUCAGACUUAGGUCACGCUCAUGUUAAUGUCACUCACAGCUUUAUACAGAGGUGUGCCCACCACAGUGACAGAGAAAGCCACUGUACAUACCUCAUAUUUAUCAUUCACAUCAGACUGGACAGAACAUCAAGUGAUAUACAAUACAUAACAGAGCACUAUAGCUAAAGAAUAGCUCACUUGUCCAAAUACCUGCUAUAUAACAAAUAAUUGAACUUCAGCUGAUAACCUGUGACUUUCUGUGUGAGGUGAAGAAAAGUACACAAUGUGACCUGGGUGUAGAUCCUUAUUGAUCCUUUCUCUGUGUCAGAGGUCAUUUAUAAUUAAAAGCAAUUAAUGCAGUUA